CAAAUUUAUGUCAACGUCAAGAAUAGGAAAUUGGGAAUGUUUUUCGAAAUCCAGAUAUAAAUUAAUAAAUGAUUAUAAUAACGAACAAGUAAACUUUCAAAGAUGAAGGUUGUUUUAAUGGUUGCAGAAAAGCCGUCGCUGGCACAAAAUUUAGCUAACAUACUCAGUAACGGAAAGUGUAAUACGACGAAAGGUUCUAAUGGGGCUUGUUCUGUUCACGAAUGGAAUGGUACUUUUAAAAAUGAACCGGUACGGUUUAGAAUGACAUCAGUUUGUGGGCAUGUGAUGAGUCUGGAUUUUACUGGAAAAUACAAUAAUUGGGAUAAAGUAGAUCCCGUGGAGUUAUUCUCUUGCCCUACUGAGAAAAAGGAAGCUAUGCCUCGUCUAAAAAUGCCUGCGUUUUUGGGAAUGGAGGCCAGAGGCUGUGAUUAUCUUGUUUUAUGGCUGGAUUGUGAUAAAGAAGGGGAGAAUAUAUGUUUUGAGGUGAUGAGCUGUGUCCAACCCUUCAUGAAUGGUGAUGUAUGCUCACCUCAAGUGACAUACCGUGCUCGCUUCUCUGCCAUCACAGACAAAGAUAUAAAAGCGGCCAUGUUGAAUCUUGUACGGCCCAAUGAGAAUGAAUCUCGCUCUGUAGAUGCAAGACAAGAGUUGGAUUUGCGUAUUGGAUGUGCUUUCACACGUUACCAGACAAAGUAUUUUCAAGGUAGAUAUGGUGAUUUAGAUGCAUCAUUAAUUUCAUAUGGACCUUGCCAAACUCCAACGUUAGGUUUCUGUGUACAAAGACAUGAUGAAAUACAAACAUUUAAACCGGAGACAUAUUGGGUUUUACGUGUCACUGCUAGUACUGAGGAAGGUCGGGAAUUGCCGUUGGAAUGGAAACGGGUUAGAAGUUUCGAGAAGGAAAUUGCUAAUAUGUUUCUUCAUGGUAUUAAAGAGAUAAAAGAGGCUGUUGUUAUCAAUGUACAAGCAAAGGAGAAAUUGAAGUCUCGACCGGUUGCUUUAAAUACAGUAGAGCUGAUGAGAGUGGCCAGUUCCGGACUUGGUAUGGGACCGCAUCAUGCUAUGCAGAUAGCUGAACGUUUGUAUACACAAGGUUAUAUAUCAUAUCCGAGAACUGAAACAACAAGUUAUCCCGAGAAUUUUGAUUUAAUUGGUGCUCUCCGUCAACAACAAGGGUCGAGCAAGUGGGGUGAAGAAGUGCGUGCUUUGUUAGCUAACGGUAUUAACAAGCCUAAGAAAGGACAUGAUGCAGGCGACCAUCCUCCCAUCACACCAUUACGGCAUGCAACGGAAUCAGAAUUGGAAGGUGACAUGUGGCGUAUCUAUGACUACGUGACUCGUCACUUUAUCGCGACACUUUGCCGCGACUGUCGCUAUCUCUGCACAACCGCAACAUUCCAGAUCGGCUCAGAAACCUUCUCUUACUCCGGCAAUACUUUAGUUGAUGCAGGAUAUACUGAAGUUAUGCAUUGGCAAGCUUUUGGUAAAGACGAGUUUGUGCCGGUACUGAAAGUUGAUGAUAUUCUAAAGGCUCAUGAUCACAGGCUGGUGGAAUGUCAAACCUCACCUCCAGACUAUCUCACCGAGGCUGAGGUGAUAACACUAAUGGAGAAGCACGGCAUAGGUACUGACGCGUCUAUUCCCGUCCAUAUAAACAACAUUUGUCAGAGGAAUUACGUUGCUGUAGGCAAUGGCAGGAAACUCAUACCUACCAAUCUCGGCAUUGUCUUAGUGCAUGGAUAUCAGAAGAUAGAUCCAGAAUUAGUGUUACCAACAAUGAGAUCAGCGGUGGAAGAACAAUUGAACCUAAUAGCAGUAGGUCGCGCUGACUUCCACGCUGUACUUGCACAUACAACAGAAAUAUUCAGAAGAAAGUUCCAAUACUUUGUCAGAUCUAUUGAAGCGAUGGAUCAAUUGUUUGAAGUUAAUUUUUCCUCGUUAAAAGCAAGCGGUAAAGCUUUGUCUCGUUGCGGGAAGUGUAGACGGUAUAUGAGAUAUAUACAGGCGAAACCGGCUCGUCUACACUGUUCUCAUUGUGACGACACGUACGCGUUGCCUCAGAACGGCACUGUACGUAUCUACCGCGAACUGAAGUGUCCGCUCGACGACUUCGAGCUGCUCUCCUGGUCCUCCGGACAUCGCGGCAAGAGCUUCCCUCUCUGCCCCUACUGCUACAACCAUCCGCCCUUCAGGGAUAUGAAGAAAGGUUUCGGUUGUAAUUCGUGUACGCAUCCCACGUGCGCGUACGGCGUGAACUCCACAGGCGUGUCUGGUUGUGUGGAAUGUGAGGCGGGUGUGCUAGUACUGGAUCCAGCAGCGCCGCGCUGGAAGCUUACCUGCAACAGAUGCGACGUGAUAAUCAACAUAUUUGAGGACGCGAGCCGCGUGACUGUAUGUGAGCGCGCUUGUGACGCGUGCGGUGCGCAGCUGCUGUGCGUGGAGUACCGCGCUGGUCGCACGCGUCUGCCCGCCGCUCUCACCGAGAUGACUGCCUGUCUCUAUUGCGAGCCUAGCUUUGCAGCACUGGUGGAGAAGCACCGCGCGGUGACGUCACGUGGCGGUGCGAUGUCGCGCGGGCGCGGGCGCAUGCGCGGCGCGCGGCCCAGCAAGAAGCAGCCCAAGGACAAGAUGGCGCAGCUCGCCGCUUACUUUGUAUAGCAGGACAAGUAAUUCCGACACGAUGGACAUAAGUGAAACUAGCUCACUAGCGCCCCUGUGUCGGAAAAGUGCCACAAGAUUCUUGUCGGACAUUCUCUUGUCAUUUGUGACAAUAUUAUGCUUUUAUACAUAGAAAGUAGGUUUUUUCUAAUCCAGUGAUCAUAAGUGAAACCAUACGACGGCUCACUAGCGCCCUUUUGUUAAUGUCAAGUGUCACAAUAUCAUUGUCAGACUCUAUCUUGUCUUUUGUGACAUUUAUUAGUCUUUUAUAGAUCUUAAGUAGGUUUUAAAGACCGACAAACUUAUUUAAUCCGGUGGCUAUAAGUGAAACUAUGCAAUGGCUCACUAGCGCCCCUUUGUCAAUGACAAAAGUGUCACAAGAUCCUUUUCGGAUAUAGUUGUCUUGUCAUGUGUGACAUUUUAUAUGUCUGUGUAGGUUUUAUAUAUUUUUUUGUCAGAUUUGACUGAGAUAGGCGCCUUGCACCGGGUCCGAUAAGUUUGUCGGGAAGUUGGCACGUCGUGUGAAGUACUACUCUUGUCUUACACGUGCCAAGUAUGUUACUAUAAUUAGUUAAGUUGAAAGGUAACUAUACUAAGUUAAGAAUAAUAUUCUAACUUGUUAAGUAAGCUAUGUAUUAGCUAAGUUGGUUUAUUAAUUCUAAGUGUGGCUUUUUAGUAAAUUCUUCAUAGAAAAUUAAAAACUAUUGUUAAAGUGUUUAAAAUAGAAUAAACUCUAUGAUAUAAGGUUUUAAGGUAUAUUUUAGGUUUAUUCAACUUUAGUGUAAUCUUUUAAAUGCAUAAGUAAAUAUUUCACUACUAAGUAAUAAGCAAGUAGUUAAGAUUAUAUUUG